AAGAUAGAUGAAGCAGGACACGAACAAUGGGCAGAAUUAGGCACCCGAACUCUUGGUUAACAGUCGAUUAAACUUACAGUAUCGGUGCGCUGCCUCGCAAUAAAGAUGUCGGAGGUUGAAGUGGAGUUGCCGGCCGAUGGCGCUGCGACAAGUCUGUCCUCCGAUGCCGAACUGAGUGUGUGGCGGCUGAGCGUUCAACGGGAGCGUACUCUGUGUGGCACCACUAGGCUGCUCCAAGAACAGUCGCGUAACACGCUCUGUCACGCAUGCCCCAACCUAUGGCAGCAGGGAGCGCGCCAGCGGCGGCGAUGGAUCGAUGGCCCCGCACCCCGAGCCCAUGCGCGGAUCCAUCGACCGGCGCGCGACGCGGCUGGGGAUCGGCAGGCGCCUCCUCCUCCUCCCAGCUGCUCCGCACACAAGCACUCUGUCGUCCACUACAGGCUGACCGACCAUCUUGGAUCGGAACCACCGGCAACGCAUCCAGGAAAGAAAGUGACCACGACGCAGAGCAUGACGACGCGCAGACGGGCAGUAUGCAGCUGGCUGCUGCUACUUCAGCUGGCGACGACCCAGGCCGCGCCCGGUCGCAGCCCGAUGCCCGGCAGCGUGUUCAUCGCCAACCCGACCAGCGGCACGCCGCUGUCGACCAGUGCGGCCGGCGUGGACUGUGCCGACGCGUCCCUGCCGCGAUGGCGGAACCUGCCCAAGACGCACCGGCUCGUCCUCUCGGCGGCCAACAUGGCCUGCACUCCCGACUCCGAAGCCAACAGGACUCAGGAAGAGACACCACGCACCACUCUCUCGCUGAGCAUUCAAAGCACGGACGACAUCCAGCUGAACCUGUCGGAAGAGUGGCUGCCGGGCGGCGGCAACGCGACCGACCCGAGGCUGGCGCUGCAGUCCCUGCAGGGCGGCUACGGCCAGCAGCCGUGCCGCCGCGACGAGGCGCUGCUGCUCUGGGAGAAGCCCUACCACGCACCGGGACUCACCAUCUCGCCAGAGAUACUGACGCCGGGAAGCCACGCGCUCAGCGUUCACCUUUGGGGCUCAGCGUGGCUGCUGAACGUGAGCGUGGCUGGUCACGAGUGCUCGCGAACGGCCGAGGAGGCGGCUGGAAUCUCGGAGGCCCCCUGCUCGGCAGGAGGCGGCGCCUGCGUCCUCGAGCCGGGGGCCGCGUCGUACGCAUGCCGGUGCUGCCCCGGCCUGUCGGGCCGCUUCUGCGAGGAGCGCGACGGCUGCUUCCACAAGCCGUGCCUCAACCAGGGCUUCUGUGUCGACAUCGCCGAGGGACUGUCGGGAUCGCUCUUCCAGUGCCUCUGCCCCCACGGCUUUCGCGGCCGACGCUGCGAAGAACCACUAGGAGCAUGCGAGCUGCACCCUUGUCCACAGGGCAGCCGCUGUAUGCCGACACCUGAUGACGCCACUAACCGCACCUGUGUACCAGACGCGUCGACCAGCGUUCCCAGCACGGCACAGCAACAACAGCCAGGACAGACGGAGCUGCAACAACAGCCGAGCAAAGAGCAGGAGACAACGCAGCAGCAAGAGCCGGCGCAGUCAAAGCUGCAACCAACGCAUCAACCCGACCAGUGGAAAACUCAGCAAGGGCAGCAAGACACGCAGCGUCCGCAGCUGCAGCAACCUGACCACAAGCAACUUCAGGAGGAAACGACACAGACUGAGCAGCCGCCAAAGGCGGAUCAGCCUCUCGGGGAAACCGGGCAGACACCUCAACCAGGGCAACAGCAAGAGCAACGAGUUGUUGAAGCUCAGAAACAGCAACAAGAUCAGGGGACGCAGCAGACACAGCAACCGGCCGAGCAGGCGGACAAUAAGUCCGAGCAACAGACAGAAAGACCGCCGGAGCAACACGACGACCGACAAUCCCAACCGAGCUCGGAAGGUCAGAAGCCGCCCCAGCAAUUGACGGCGCAGCAGGAUCGUCGGAGCGAGAGCAACACGACGACGACCAGUGCCAGCAGCACCGCGCCCCCGGCGCCCACGGCGACCGAGACGUCGAGGAACCAGAGCGGCGGCAGCGCGUGCGGUGCUCGUCCGUGCGUGCACGGCAAGUGCGAAGACCUGCCGGCCGGGAGCGGAGGCUUCCGGUGCUACUGCCUGCCGGGCUACGGGGGCGACCUGUGCGAGUUCGAGUACGACGAGUGCGACUCCGGGCCGUGCGCGCACGGCGCCCAGUGCGAGGACCUGGUGGCCGGCUUCCGCUGCCACUGCGGGCCCGGCUACGCGGGGCGCCGAUGCGAGAUCAAGGUGGACCUGUGCCGGCCCAACCCGUGCCCGCCGCCCGCGCAGUGUCUGGACCGCGGGAACAACUACUCCUGCCUCUGCAGGCACGACGGUCCAGGCUGCACGCAGCGGUACGACCCGUGCUUCCCGAACCCGUGCCAGAACGGCGGCUCGUGCUGGCCCAGCCUGGACUCCUUCUACUGCUCCUGUGCCCGGAGUUUCACCGGCGACACGUGCGAGCUGAACGCGAUAGCCGGCGGCUCGCAGCUGCCGCCGUCCGCGCCCGCCGACGCCAUGGCCAGGACGCAGGGUCGUCCUGCAGACCAGCUGCACAACAUCUACAUCGCGGCGGCCACCCUGGCGGGCGCCUGCCUCAUCGUGCUGGCGGUGGUGAGCGUUUGCCACUGCCGCGUGCACCAGAGCUACCGGGGCUGCGUGCGACGCCUCGGACGAUCCUGCGCCCAGCUCAAGCAACGCACGCUCGAAGACCCAGACAAAUCCUGGCUGAACCCGGAUGGCAGCGUUUCUGAGGGGAAUCCCGAGUGGCUGGCCGCCGCCUCAGCCAGCCUGCACGCUCCGCUCAUCAUUCGCUGAGCCGCCAGCGCCCAGGCCGGCCGCCGGCACGACGACGACAUUCGCGCUGUGCAGUGUACUGCGUUGGAAGCAACGCGGCCAAACUCUUCGGCCCCAGCCAGGGCCGCUGCUGUUGAUAGAAACAGGGAUGUCAAGGGUGUAGUCCCUUCUUCAAACAUUGAUCACAUUUAUAACAUCUGCAGCACGUCAAAGACACCUCAGCGAAUCGGUAUAUGUCGCAGAUGCGCGAUGUGGUUGCAAGUUCACACUCGUUUCUUUUUCUUUGUAUUAGUAUGGCCUAACAAUUACUGCAUUAGAGUGUUGCAUGAGGGUGCAGUUGAUGGGAGUAAGUGCAGACAUGCAUUCGUGAACAAAAGGACAAGGACUAUGUGUUCUACAAGGAAGCCAAUUACUUCAUGGCAUUGCAACUGCAGGUUGAACAUGGUUACAAAAUCAUCGUGGUGCACUCAAGAUCGCAAGCUUAGGUAGCCAAAAAAUCUUUAUUUUUCAUGACAACCAUGGCCCUUUUGCUUUUACACAGUGGUGUAUAAUUCAGGAGCGAAUAAACGAGUAGUAACAACUGUAGUAACAAAACGUCAUCUAGAGUUGGCCUAAUUACGACAGCGGAAAUAAGACUUUUGCAUUGGCUUUUUUUCUCGUUUCGCUAGUACAUCUAAAUGCACUGCAACCACAUUGCGUCACAGCUGUGUUUGCAAUGAGUCCGCGCCAAUGUUACAGCUUCCGGCAGAUCACGCAGCUCACAUCACCGAUUUCUGCAGCAGCAUGUGAUCAAGACGUGGCGUUUACAUUACGCUGCCAUGCACGUGGCAUAUGUCGGCUCACCUCACGAGAAGCUAAAGUGGCACGGACACAUGCAGAUGUGUGCCUACCAAAGUAAUCAUUGUUUAGGAAAUAACUACAGCUUGUUUGAGUGACACAUAUUAAUGCAUAAAAAGAAAAAAGAAUGAGGAGGAAUAUGUCGAAAUUUAACAGGCACUGCACUGAAACUAUUCCAAUCCGACGGUUAGCAACAUUUAGUACCCGUCCUGCGGCCGUCCGAUAUUAUCAGUAUCCAACAGCAGCACAACGUUCACAACUUAAAUGACAACGGAUAGAAAGGAUGUGUUCAGAACCAUUCAACUAAGAGCAGAUGCUCGCUGUGUUGCUGUCAUUGUAAUGAAUCGGCACCAACUCGUUCAAUCGCCAGUUUGGCGCAGUGGGUUGGGCAUGAAGGAUACGAGAUCAGUCACUUGCGCUUAAUGUUGACAAAGGAGGUGACGAGGACCUGUUCAAUUCUCUCGGAACAUGCGGUACGAUCCGAGAUACUUCCGCAGACAUAAUAGCAUUUCUUGUAAUCUUGGAAAGGUCCGCGUUUUUAAUUGUUGCUUUGAAACGCACUCCGAUAGCUCUGGCUUUCGACUCGAAUAUGGCGCCCGUAUUGCUUCUGUCGAACUGUACAAAUGAAACACCAAAAAAACACUCUCAUCGGCUAGAACCGUACUAGUCCAGCAUUGCUCAUGAAGUAUCCAUCUAGACUAAAGUGCGGGGAAGUUGGCAGUCCCCCUUUGAAAGUAUAGAGACAGCGCAGACAGGAAAGAAGCAGGAGCACAAGAAAUCAUUUAUAGCUUUCCUCAUGUCCGUAAUGUGAUCGCUUUCAUACUUGAAAACAUGCUCGAACAUGAAGAAUGCGCCGUCUGGUAGACGUACCAAAAUAGGAAGCUAUUCGAGUCGUUCGCCAAAUUGCAUGACGCUCCGCGGGGGAGGCCCGUCCGUCCGGCCAUCGCUCAGGGACCCGCUGCUUGCUAAGCAUCGCGAUCGCUUGCCGCCCAAUCAGAAAAGAUGUCCAUGCCGCAGUCCCUCAGGCAGUGCAGCAACGGUAGCGACCACUCAGUGAGAUGUACAGGAGAGUGCGCAUCGGUGACGUACCACAGUUGAGUGAGUUUACGAAUAUGACGCCAAAGGCCUCUGAGAUUGUUGGACCCCAAGUCAGACUGACAAUCCGGAGGUAUAACGCAUGCGAUUUUUGUGUUGCACCCCAGGUGGCCACCAGCUGACCAUGGUGAAUAGCCAAUUAUACUGCUUCUUGUGCCAGGUUAUAAUUAUCCCUGGGUCUCUUCAAUCUGUCAUCCCCUAAUGUCAAAGACUGCCUAAGACACUGCGUACGCCAGCACCUCAGGAAGUCCAGGACAACAAAUUGAAGGGACCUGCAUGGUGCUUGUCUUGGAUUUGUCUUUGCUGCCUCAACAUUGCCCCUAUCCCACAGUGGACAGUGGAUCAAGACAUGGCUGACAUCAUCAUAGAUAACACAAGGCCUGGUUGCUAGUAUUUGUGACGCCAUGCUAUCAGAUCGAGAACUCAUCACUAAAACGAGGAUGAUCAGCAACGAUUCUCAUGCUCAUUCUUCACAAACGCCAUCUGUAGAAAUGGGUGCGUCACUACUGUUAUUUCAGGGGCCUGAGUGCGCAGUCCUUGCUUUAUCCAGCAGCUGCUGAUCGAACAGAUAGCCUCUCUUACUAAACUAUGCAUGCACUCUGAAAUUUGAACAUUUCAUUAAUCAGUUACUCUAAGGUCUAAAUGACGGAGCUGCAUGCUAUUUAGACGCUUCGCUGUCUGCCAUAAAUACGCCACCACAGCUGUUGUGACUGGACAUCUGCAUAGACAAGUGCCAAUCAAACAGUUAUUAUACACUUGCAGACCUAUGCAUUUGGCCCCUGAUUGGCUGACAAGAGCUCUAGCUUUCACAGCUUAACAUUGUUUUACCAAGCCAAGAGUAGGCAUCCUGUUCUUCUCGAGAGUGACAACAGAAAACGUUGAAAGUGUAGGGGAUGCGGCACUCUACUGUACAUCUACCUCUAUCUUCUUUUGAGGCCUGCAGACCGCGGUCCCGACAGUCAGGCGUCACAAGCGCGCUCGCGCACGUACGCUGCUCCCGGCAAAGUAUGAAUCUCGUCCACGUAUCUGUAGCGUUUGCACUAGUCGUGGUUAAUCACCGCUCUCUCUAACCGUCCCCACAAAGCAAACACGCGCGGCUACGUACACGCACAAUGUGCUUUGGUGUGUGUGUGUCGUGUCUUUUCUGUUUGUUUGUUGGCCUCUGUUUAACAAUAAAAUGGCCUAUGUACAGAAAGCA